AUGCCCUGGGCAAAUAGCGAUGUUCAUAUACCCCAAUGCGCACACUUCUCACACCUACACCUCCUACGCAGGCGAUAUGGCGGGAAUAAAAAAGACGACUCUUACUAUCAAGCUCUAGUAGUCUAUAGGGAGAUUGAGGUUGGUCUAGAUGACAAUCCUGAAGAAAAUCCUGAAGGAGGCCUUGCAAUGGGUCAGGAGGUGGGACCCGGAGUGGAACUGGAAGAGUAUGUGGUCACUGAUUACGAAUAUGACGAAUUUGAGUAA